GAUCAAAACUUAAAUCGAACUCAUUGUCCCCAGGUGUGGUUCCAAAACCGCCGAGCCAAAUGGCGCAAGCAGGAAAAGGUGGGGCCUCACGCACACCCGUAUAGCGGAUACCUGAGCGGGCAGCCGCUGCCGACGUCCGCCUCGCUGCCAGUGCCGCCACACCCAUUAUCGCAACUCGGCUUUGGGUUGAGGAAGCCUUUUGACAACGCUUUGACUUCCUUCAGGUACGCAAACAACCCGCUGUUUGGAGCUCAGUAUCUGCCUCCGCUAUCGCGUCCGCCUCUGUUCGGCGCGCCGCUCUACGCUACCUCUCCUGCGCACUUCCACUCUCUCUUCGCGAACCUAACAGCGCCUGAGCUGCCUCGGCUAUCCCCCGAGCAGUCCACGAUGUCUCCCGAACAUCCCCGAUUGUCGCCCGAGCACCCGCGACUGUCGCCCGAAGUGACCCGAUCGCCGUCGCUCUCACCACCUAUCUCACCUGGCAGCGAGAUGCCAGUGCCGACGGAAGAUGUUCGGAGUUCUAGCAUAGCUGCCUUACGAUUGGCUGCGCGGGAGCACGAGUUGAGACUAGAACUUUUAAGACAAAGGCCUGACUUAAUUUGCUAAGUAUUACGUAGACAAUAUUCCGUGAAAUUGCUGUGUUAGUGACAAUUAUUAUUCUUGAUAAAUCACUUCAUAAUAUAACAAAUAUUUAACCGUUUUUUCUCCUAUUAAUGCAGCGUCAUAUGAAUUCAAGCGUGUCUUAACUAAUAUCAGUGUUCUGUUAUUUGUCAAUUAUCCAUAAUUCCCAAUAAAUCAGUUUCCAUUUUUAUAAAAUAAAUACAAAAAUAAAAACCAGUGUUGGUUUCUCAAGGUUUUUUCGCGCAAUAUCUGUAAAAUCUAUUUUUGUAAAUAGUUUUCAAUAUUUAGGUAAUAAAUAAUUUCAAAUUAAUAUAGGAUUAUUAUUUUUAAGAAAUUGUAUUAUUAAUUUAGAGCACUUGUUACUACUUAUGUAUAUUACAUUCUAAAUGAUCCGUCCAUUAUUAUUUUCAAAUGUAUACCUAUCUUGUAUAAAAAUAAAUAUGUAUUGUGAUUGAUUAUA